CGAAAGAUAUUCUAUACAAGAUAAAGUCAUAAACAGCCCACCAAAAGCCCACCAAGCGCACCGCCGGCGCUCAGUAAUACACAAAAGUACGACAAUAGUAACUGAUACCAAACAAAUUACUUGCCACGUUUCGAAAUUUUGAAUCUCCUAUUCAUUGGUUUCAUUCCUCCGAAAUCCGAAGAAGAGAAAACCAGAAUUUGAUUCACUUGUUCCUCUAAUGAAGCCGCGCCUAACGCACCCGUCAAUGGAGGCUUCCCUUGCAGGUUCGCCGGUAACUCCACUUCCUGCUCGGAUCACCAGUAAUUUUUCGCCCUCCGAUCGAAAACUAAAUAUCGCCGUCAGAUUCCGUGAACCUCGCAUCAGAUGGCGUAACGUCACCGUUUCAGCUUCCGCUGACAACGAAGGGAAAAACGGUGAGGCGCUUGAACUUCAGAGGAUGCUGGACGACUUCCCCUACGACGUCUCGAAAGAUUCGUCGCCUUUGCUUCCCAGGCCUUUGUCUUCGGCUCAGUUUUCAAAUUCAAUCUCUGAUGGAUCCCGCCUACGGGUUGCAUACCAGGGAGUUAGUGGAGCUUACAGUGAGUCUGCAGCAGAGAAAGCAUACCCGAACUGUGAAGCCGUCCCAUGCGAGCAAUUUGACACUGCUUUUGAAGCUGUUGAACGGUGGCUUGUGGACAGAGCUGUUUUACCAAUUGAGAAUUCUUUAGGUGGGAGCAUCCACAGAAAUUAUGAUCUUUUACUCAGACACAGGUUGCACAUAGUAGGGGAGGUUAAAUUUACUGUUCGUCAUUGCUUACUAGCCAAUCAGGGUGUUAAACUUGAGGACUUAAAAAGGGUUCUAAGCCAUCCACAGGCUCUUGCUCAAUGUGAGAACACGUUAACAAAAUGGGGGUUAGUCAGGGAAGCCGUGGAUGAUACUGCUGGUGCAGCAAAGCAUGUUGCACUCCACAAACUACAAGAUGCAGGAGCAGUAGCCAGCUCUGCUGCAGGGAUGAUCUAUGGUUUGAACAUACUUGCACAGGAUAUUCAGGAUGACUGCGAUAAUGUUACUCGAUUCCUGAUGCUGGCAAGGGAGCCCAUCAUUCCUGGGACGGAUAGGCCAUUCAAGACAAGUAUAGUUUUCUCAUUAGAGGAGGGUCCUGGAGUUCUUUUCAAGGCACUUGCUGUUUUUGCUUUGAGGCAAAUCAACCUUACCAAGAUUGAAAGUCGUCCUCUGAGGAAUCAGCCCCUGCGAUCAGCAGAUGACAACAAUAAUGGGUCUACAAAAUACUUUGACUAUCUUUUCUAUGUGGAUUUUGAAGCAUCAAUGGCUAAUCAGAAUGCACAAAAUGCUCUGAGGCAUUUGAAGGAGUUUGCUACAUUCUUGAGAGUGCUGGGAAGUUAUCCAGUGGAUACUACCAUGAUAUGAAUAUGCCUGUGAAUGUGGUAAGAAUCCAAUACUUGAAUAAAGGUAGCCAGUACAUUUAUAAAUGCACGAUUCACUUCCAUGAGUGAAGCAACCUUAAUUAUUAACCAUGACCUACAGAAUAAUAUGCAAUUCUACUUCCAACAGUUAGGUCUAACCCCAACAUCUGGAACCCCUAUUUCAAGGCCAUACAAUAGAUCCUUAUGUAGAUUGCUCAAUUUGCGUAGUUGUAUUCACAAAAUUGGGAAUGAUAUGGUUUAAGUUAAUUAAAGUUGGGAAUAAAAAAUCGUUUAAAUUAAGAAUGGAUUAGUUGGAAUCCAAGGAUUGUAGAUUAUUAAGGGCAAGGAAUAUAUUGAUUUUGAGCUGUUAAAACAGUUGUUACAAUGGGCUACUAGCUAAGAUUGAUUUGAGAGAUAUGUAUUGGAUCUUUUUAGACUACUUCGAUUGAACAUUAUGGUUAUUUUCUUUGAAAUAGAAUAAAAAAUAAAAUCAAUCAUCAUAAUUUUGGAGGGGGUUGAAGCAGG